AUGAAUAAACCUCUCCAUCCCCCUCUUUCCGUCUUGAAAUGCAAAAGCCCUUUCCUUCUAAGGUCGCCGUUUGCUCUCCCUGGACGUCGUCGGCCGAUCACCAUUUGCUCUAUGAAACCCUUCGAAGACUGCCACUACCUUCGAAUGCUGCCACCUCAUUUUCUCUGCAUUUCAUCUCUUUCCAGAUCACUACAAAUCGCCGCUAUAUUUUUUCUGAACUACACCAUCGAGGCUACUAAUUCUUUGAAAUCCAAGUACCAUGAAGUUGUUGAACUGUACAAAGGAGAGGGAAUAAGUUUCCUAAUUGGAGACAAUAAACCCAGUCAAGCUACUUUAAACGUUUUGCAAGAAUCCAUUGGAGCAAUUGAUUGAUUUAUAGGUAUUUUUGAAGGUUUGGUAGCAAAACUUUGGUUGGAAUGUAUUUAUUUAAAUAGCUUGUUGGUACCAAAACAUGUAUAUUUAUUUUACCAACAAUUGUACAAAUAUUACAAAAUGUAUGUUAACGUAUAUAUAUUAAAGCGUUAACGGUUUGUUUC